GCGAAGGUGGUGGUUGGAGUCCAGUCCCAGUCCGCCCGGUGGGAGAACGGAGCCACAAGGAGCGCGGGGGACAGUCGUGGAAGGAGAUGAUAAGGGCCUGUGUCCGGGAGGGAGACAGCUCCCGGGUCACAGGAGUCCCUAUCGGGCUGGCGUUUCCUCCCCCUCCCCGAGCCCUUCCUGCCACCGGCCCGAGCAGGCCCUCCCUGGAGCUGGAAGAGCGAAGGACGGAGUCACCGUGGCAGCAGCUCUGUGCCUUCGGAGGUCUUUGCGCUGGCCCGCCCCCAUGCCUCUCCUCCUGUUGCUGCUGUUGCUGCCCAGCCCUUCCCGCCCCCAGUCCGUCUGCGAGGUCUCCCAGGUGACCAGCCAGGUGGAAGUGAACUGUGACAACCGGGGGCUCAAGGCGCCGCCUCCCGACCUGCCGGCCGACACGGCCAUCCUCCGCCUGGGCGAGAACCCCCUGGGCACCUUCUCCACCGCCUCCCUGCUGCCUCUGACCCGGCUCGCCCAGCUGCACCUGAGCCAAAGCCAGCUGACCCACCUGCAGAUGGACGGGACGCUGCCCGCGCUGGAGACCCUGGACGUCUCCCACAACAAGCUGCGAAGCCUGCCCCCGCUGGGACGGGCCCUGCCGGCGCUCAACACCCUCGACGCGUCCUUCAACGAGCUGACCUCGCUGUCCCAUAGUGCCCUGGACGGCCUGAGCCAACUCCACGAGCUCUACCUGCGCGGCAACAAGCUGAAGACGCUGCCGCCCGGGCUCCUGGCGCCCACCCCCUGGCUGAGGAAGCUCAGCCUGGCCGACAACAAGUUGAACGAGCUGCCCCCCGGGCUCCUGGAAGGACUGGAGGAGCUCGACACCCUGUACCUCCAGGGGAACUGGCUGCGGACCGUCCCGAAGAACUUCUUUGGGGACCUCCUCCUGCCCUUCGCUUUCCUGCACAGCAACCCCUGGUCCUGCGACUGCGAGAUCCUCUACUUCACUCGCUGGCUGCAAGACAACUCCAAUAACGUCUACUUGUGGAAGGAGGGAGUAGACGUCAAGGCCAUGACCCCCAACGUGGAAAGCGUGCGAUGCAUCAACUUGGCCAACACACCCGUCUACACCUACCCGGGGAAGGGCUGCCCUACCCUCGGGGAUGCGGACAUAGGCUAUGACGAGUACGAGGACGAGGACCCCUUCACCACGGCUGGGGUCACGCUCUCCACCAACGCCAAAGCCCGCACAACCCACUGGCCCCCACUCUACCCAACGUCUGCUGAUUAUCCACACAGCCAGAUGCCCUAUCUGUCUUCUACCCAAGAGUCCACUGAGAGUCAGAAUAUAUCCGUGACCACCCCGGAACCCACCGCGACCCCCCCCACCACGGAGCCCCCCCCCACCCCCCCCACCACGGAGCCCCCCACGACCCCCCCCACCACCACCCCACCCACAACCCCCACCACGAUGCCCCCCACGACCCCCCCCACCCCGGAGCCCCCCACGACCCCCACAACCACGACCUCCCCCACGACUUCCCCCACCCCGGAGCCCCCCACGAUCCCCACAACCACGACCUCCCCCACCCCGGAGCCCCCCAUGACCCCCACCACCACGACCUCCCCCACCCCGGAGCCCACCAUACCCCCCACCACCCCAACCACCUCUGAAAUAACCACAUUCUUAACCACCCCCAAAGCCACCUCAUUCCUUACGACCUGGCCACAUGCCACAACUACCCUCCCAGAGGCUCAGGGGGUGGCUGGAGAGAAUGCACGCAGCCCCAGAAACGACCCUUCCCUCGGCCGGGACGCGUGCUGCCUCCUUCCUCUGGGCUUCUACGUUUUGGGUCUCCUCUGGCUUCUGUUUGCUUCCGCGGUCCUUAUCCUGCUACUGGCCCGGGACCGCCGUGUGACGCCACAGGCCCCGGCCACAGCCACACACACCACGCAUCUGGAGCUGCAGAGGGGGAAGCAAGUGCCCGUGCCCCGCGCCUGGUUCCUUUUCCUUGCAGGCUCGCUGCCCACUUUCCGCUCCAGCCUCUUCCUGUGGGUGCGGGCUAACGGCCGCGUGGGGCCUCUGGUGGCAGGACGGCGGCCCUCAGCCCUGAGUCUGGGUCGUGGUCAGGACCUGCUGGGCAUGGUGGGCAUUAGGUACUCUGGCCACAGCCUCUGAGGCUGGAGGGUGUGGGGACCUUGAGAG